UGAGAUGGUCCAAAGUCCAAAAGUACCAAUCUGGGAGUGUUUCAAACUCAAACACCAUUUUAAGGACGGGCGAGAAAGAAGAGGGAGUAAAAGAAGGAAUAAAACUGAAAAAAGAACGGAAGACUGUACUGCAUGAAAAUCCCAGGAGGGCAGCUGGUUCUGUGAUUCUGGAACCACCACAUCUGGCACCAUCCAUCUGGCACAGUCAAAGUUGCUUAGAUCACACAUCUUGCCCAUUCUAAUAGGCUAAUCUGGGUUGGAAGCCACUUGGGGUCCAGUCUAUUAUGAUGUGUUCCCGUCUCCUUAGAUAGGGGGCGCUGUUUCUAAAUUGAGUCUCUCAGAGGAGCCAAAGACCAAAGGAGGAACCCUCAGCACUGAAAGGAAGAGGGUCCAGGUAGAAAGAGCUGGGUCACCUGUACCCAGCUGUUUGUCUAUGAAGAGCGAUCAUUCAAUGGAUGAACCAGUCCAUUUCAGAGGAGACGUCACUGGUGAUCAGAGGAUCCAGGUAGAAAGAGCUAGGUCACCUGUACCCAGCUGUUUGUCUAUGAAGAGCGAUCAUUCAAUGGAUGAACCAGUCCAUUUCAGAGGAGACGUCACUGGUGAUCAGAGGGUCCAGGUAGAUAGAGCUGGGUCACCUGUACCCAGCUGUCUGUCUAUGAACAGCCAUCAUUCAAUGGAUAAACCAAUCUUUUUCAGAGGAGACGUCACUGGUGAUCAGAGGGUCCAGGUAGAAAGAGCUGGGUCACCUGCACCCAACGGUCUGUCUAUGAAGAGCCAUCAUUCAAUGGAUAAACCAAUCUUUUUCAGAGGAGACGUCACUGGUGAUCAGAGGGUCCAGGUAGAAAGAGCAGGGUCACCUGUUCCCAGCUGUCUGUCUAUGAGGAGUGGAGAGUCAAUGGAUAAGGUACUCAACUUCAGAGGAGAGUUACCAGGUGAUUCAAGGGUCCAGGUAGAAAGAGCUGGGUCACCUGCACCCAACGGUCUGUCUAUGAAGAGCCAUCAUUCAAUGGAUAAACCAAUCUUUUUCAGAGGAGACGUCACUGGUGAUCAGAGGAUACUGUGGCCACUCGAGUCCCGCUCAAAGUGUUCCCAUAAACAGUCUCUCCUGCGCACUCUGAUGAAGCUGAAGAAGGACGAAAAGCUGAAACUGUUUCAGAGCCAUCUGAGUCAGGAUUGCCCAGAAUGCAUAAAGAGUCUGCCUGAAGAUCCUUCUGCACUGGUUAAGUUUAUGAAGAUGAAGGAAUUGUUCAAAAGUCAUCGAAUUGAUGAUUACCCAGAAUGCACUGAGAGACAGCAGGAGGAUCCUGAGUCCCUGUACAUAGUUGAAAAGAUGCUGGAGACCUGUGGCAGUGAGGGGUCUCUGAAGAUCACACUCCACAUCCUGAGGAACAUGAAGCAGAAGGAUCUCGCUGACUCACUGGAAAGAGAUGAAUCCAUAAAAAGAGCCCAGCAGGCACUGAAAACUCAUCUGAAGAGGAAGUUUGAAUGCAUAUUUGAAGGUUUAGCGAAGCAGAACAACCCAACCCUUCUGAAUGAGAUCUAUACAGAGCUCUACAUCACAGAGGGGGGAAGUGGGGGGGUCAAUAAUGAACACGAGGUCAGACAGAUUGAGACAUUCAAGAGACAAACCACACAGGAGACUGCAAUUCUCUGCAAUGACAUUUUUAAGCCUUUACCUGGACAAGAGAAACCCAUCAGAACUGUUCUUACAAAGGGCAUCGCUGGCAUUGGGAAAACCGUCUCUGUGCAGAAGUUCAUUCUGGACUGGGCAGAAGGAAAAGCCAAUCAGGACGUUGAUUUCAUCUUCACUCUUCCUUUCCGAGAUCUGAAUUUGAAGAAGGAAAGAGCAUUCAGUCUGAUGCAACUUCUGCAGCACUACUUUCCACAACUGAAAGAGAUCAAAAGUGUUGAAGUUGAUGAAGUCAAAGUGGUGUUUAUCUUCGAUGGUCUGGAUGAAUGUAGACUUCCUCUAGAUUUCCAAAGCAAUAAGGACUGCUUUGAUAUGACUGAGUCGUCAUCAGUGGAUGUGCUGCUGACCAACCUCAUUAAGGGGAAUCUGCUUCCCUCUGCUCUCCUCUGGAUCACCUCCCGACCAGCAGCAGCCAAUCAGAUCCCUCCUGAGUGUGUCCACCAGGUGACAGAGGUACGAGGGUUCAGUGACCCACAGAAGGAGGAGUACUUCAGGAAGAGAAUCAGAGAUCAGAACAAGGCCAGCAGAAUUAUCUCACACAUAAAGUCAUCCCGGAGUCUCUACAUCAUGUGUCACAUACCAGUCUUCUGCAGGAUUUCUGCUACUGUUCUGGGGACAAUGUUGGAUAAAAUAUGGAGUAGAGAUCUGCCCAAAACUCUGACUGAAAUGUACACACUCUUCCUGCUCAUUCAGACUAAUGCGAAGAAUAAGAAGUAUCAUGGCACUGAUGAGACAGACCCAAAGAAGAUGUCAGCAUCAGAUGCAGAAAUCAUCCUGAAACUGGGGCAGCUGGCUUUUCAACAGCUGGAAAAGGGCAAUCUGAUAUUCUAUGAAGAGGACCUGAGAGAGAGUGGCAUUGAUGUCAGCGAAGCUUCAGUGUACUCUGGAGUGUGUACAGAGAUCUUUAAAGAGGACAUUGGAUUGUAUCAGGAGAAGGUCUACUGCUUUGUGCAUCUGAGCAUUCAGGAGUAUCUGGCUGCCUUGUUUGUAUUUCAAUCAUGUGUAAAUGAGAACAGAAAUGUACUCAGAGCAGAAAAAUCAAAACCUCACAGUGGCAGAGUGCAGCUGUCUGAGUUACACAGGAGUGCAGUGGAUCAGGCCUUAGAGAGUGAGAAUGGACACCUGGACCUUUUCCUCCGGUUCCUUCUUGGCCUCUCCCUGGACUCCAUUCAGAUGCUCUUCAGAGGACCACUGACACAGACAGGAAGCAGAUCAGCUGUACCAGACCUACAGGCACAGACAGAAGGCAGAUCACGGAGCAUUAAGAAAACAGUCCGGUACAUUAAGGAGAGGAUCAGAGAGGAAUCUUCAGCAGAGAGGAUCAUCAAUCUGUUCCACUGUCUAAACGAACUGAAUGACAGCUCUCUAGUAGAGGAAAUCCAGAAUUCCUUCAGAUCAGGAAAACUUUCUGAUAAAAAGCUGAAACCAGGCCAGUGUUCAGCUCUGGCCUUUGUGUUACUAGUGUCAGAGGAGGCCCUGGAUGAGUUUGACUUGAAGACCUACAACACAUCAGCGGCAUGUCAUCAGAGACUGCUACCAGUAAUCAGGAACUGCAGGAAGGCCAUACUGAACAGCUGCAAUCUCACACAGAAGAUCUGUGAUAUUGUGGCCUCAGCUCUCCAGUCAUCAAACUCACCCCUGAGAGAUCUGGACCUCAGCUACAAUAACCUGGGAGAUUCAGGAGUGGAGCUGCUCAGUGCUGGACUGAGGAGUCCAAACUGUAAACUACAGAGACUGGGGCUGGGUUGGUGUAAUCUCACAGAGGGCUGCUGUGAUGUCCUGGCCUCAGUCCUGCGUUCUCCUCACUCAGAGCUGAGAGAUCUGGAGCUCAGAGACAACGAGCUGCAGGAUUCAGGAGUGAGAGCGCUCUCUGCUGGACUGCAGGACCCACACUGUAAACUGCAGAGACUGGGGCUGUCAGGCUGUAGAGUCACACAGAGAGGCUGUGAUUCUCUGGCUUCAGCUCUGUGUUCAAACCCCUCACACCUGAGAGAGCUGGACCUGAGAUACAAUCACCCAGGAGACUCAGGAGUGAGAGCGCUGUCUGCUGCUAAACUGGACACACUCACACUGCUUGUGGACCAUGGAGGAGAGAACAGGACCAAACCAGGACCCAGGAAAUUUUGCUUCUACCUGACUGCUUCCCCCCAGCAGGGAGACAGAGGGACACAAACCCCCCAGCAGGGAAACAGAGGGGCACAACCCCCCCAGCAGGGGAAACAGAGGGGCACAACCCCCCAGCAGGGAAACAGAGGGGCACAAACCCCCCAGCAGGGGAAACAGAGGGGCACAAACCCCCAGCAGGGAAACAGAGGGGCACAACCCCCCAGCAGGGAAACAGAGGGGCACAACCCCCCAGCAGGGAAACAGAGGGGCACAAACCCCCCAGCAGGGAAACAGAGGGGCACAACCCCCCCAGCAGGGAAACAGAGGGGCACAACCCCCCCAGCAGGGAAACAGAGGGGCACAAACCCCCAGCAGGGAAACAGAGGGACACAACCCCCCAGCAGGGAAACAGAGGGGCACAACCCCCCAGCAGGGAAACAGAGGGGCACAACCCUCCCAGCAGGGAAACAGAGGGGCACAACCCUCCCAGCAGGGAAACAGAGGGGCACAACCCCCCCAGCAGGGAAACAGAGGGGCACAAACCCCCAGCAGGGAAACAGGGACACAGACCCCCAGCAGGGAAACAAAGGGGCACAGAAGACUCUGGGUCAUCCCACCAUGGAUGGCGCAGGAGAGGUAGCAGGUUUUAGCAGUUUGUUAAGGUGGUCUGGGAGGAUGAACAGCGUGGGAAAGUGGUGGACCGAUCGCUCAGUGGGUCAGACUGGUGGAAGAUACCACAAGCCAGGCUUAGCUUCCUGAUCAGGGCCAAUUAUGACACCCUGCCUUCUCCUCAGAACCUGCACUAAUGGUUUGGUGCGGAUGAGACCGUCCGCUCUGUGCUGCACCCAAACGAGGCCUUCGGCACGUUCUGUCAGACUGUGAGACGGCUCCAACACAGGGACACAGAGCAGGCCUCCAGCACAGGGACACAGAGCAGGCCUUCAGCACAGGGACACAGAGCAGGCCUCUG